CUGGUCCCAGGGAGUCCAGACCAGCUGGCACCAGGACCUGCAGGAUCAGAUCAGACCAGGAGCUCAAACAUGGCUAAAUGCUCAGGAUGUGGACCGGGAUACCGCAGCCCGCUGGACGCCAUGAAAGGUCCUCGGGAGGAGAUUGUCUAUCUGCCCUGCAUCUACCGCAACACUGACACCCUAAAACCGGACUACCUCGCCACCGUCGAUGUCGACCCGAAGUCCCCCACCUACUGCCAGGUUAUCCACCGCCUGCCGAUGCCGAACCUACGUGACGAGCUGCAUCACUCCGGCUGGAACGCCUGCAGCAGCUGCUUCGGCGACGCCUCCAAGAAGAGAAACCGCCUGAUCCUCCCGUCGCUCAUCUCCUCCAGAGUCUACGUGAUCGACGUGGGGACGAACCCCAAAGCGCCGCGGAUUCACAAAAUGGUGGAGCCUGUUGAUCUUUACUGGAAGUGCGGCCUGGCGAACCCUCACACCACCCACUGUCUGGGCAACGGUCAGAUCAUGAUCAGCUGUAUAGGAGACCCGUCCGGCAACGGAAAAGGUGGUUUCGUGCUGCUGGACGGCGAAACGUUUGAGGUGGUCGGUAACUGGGAGCACGCAGGAGAAGCAGCGCCCUUCGGAUAUGACUUCUGGUACCAACCUCGACACAAUGUGAUGAUCAGCACCGAAUGGGGAGCGCCCAAAGCGCUGGUCAACGGUUUUAAUCCUGCACACGUCAAAGAGGGACUCUACGGCAGCUCGCUCCAUGUCUGGGACUGGACGACCCACAGGAAGCUGCAGACGCUGGAUCUGGGAGAGGAGGGUGCUAUUCCCCUGGAGAUCCGAUUCCUCCAUGACCCCGAUGCCACGGAGGGCUACGUGGGAUGUGCUCUGCGGGGAACGGUCUUCAGAUUCUACAAAACUCCAAGAGGUGACUGGGCUGCAGAGAAAGUUAUCAGCGUUCCCAGUAAGAAGGUCGAGGGAUGGGCACUUCCUGAGAUGCCUGGUCUGAUCACAGACAUCCUGAUCUCGUUGGACGACCGUUUUGUUUACUUCAGUAAUUGGCUGCACGGUGACAUCAGACAGUAUGACAUCACAGACAGGAGGAGCCCCCGAUUGGUCGGCCAGGUGAGACUAUCGGGAAGUAUCGUCACUGACGGUCCAGUCAAAGUCCUGGAGGACCCCGAAAACCAGCCGCAGCCCCGCCCCCGUUACAUCAAGGGGAGACGUGUCCCCGGAGGACCUCAGAUGUUACAGUUGAGUUUGGACGGUAAGAGACUUUAUGUGACGACGUCUCUCUACAGCGGCUGGGACAAACAGUUCUACCCCGACAUGACCAAAGAGGGCUCGGUGAUGAUGCAGAUCGACGUGGACACUGUCUCUGGAGGUCUGUCCCUGAACGAAAACUUCCUGGUGGAUUUCGGUAAAGAACCCGACGGUCCGGCUCUGGCUCACGAGCUCCGGUAUCCCGGAGGAGACUGUACGUCCGACAUCUGGCUGUAGGAGCAUCGAGAGUGGAAAUAUUAACACACGACGAGGAAAUCUUCUCUCAGUCUGAAGAUCAAUCAUCAUGUUAGGCUGAGCAGCAAUCAAUCAAUCAAUCAAUCAAUCAAUCAAUCAAUCAAUCAAUACUGCCUCAGAAAUAAUCACUUCUGCAUUUGAUUUCACAGCUGCGUCCGGUUCACAUCAACCUUUAUUCACAAAAUAAUCUUGAAAAUGUGAAUUUUUUUAUGAAACAAACAACAAUAACAUAAAAUAAGUGAAAGACGGUUUUAUCCGAAAGUUUGAACAAAACCGAUGAGAAUCUUUAUUUGUUGCGUUUUAUUGAUUCAAACUAAAAUGACGGUUUCUCCUCAUUUAUCAAACAGCAGAACAUUUAGUGUCAUAAUGUUAUUGAUCAUGUAGUGUCAUAGUAUCUGUAUGGUGUCAUAAUGACAUAAAUAAUGUGGUGUCGUGUUUUUAAAGUUGUGGCUUUGACUCCGGCUGUACGUGAAGUUUCCAUGAACCCAGGUGACAUUAGUCGAUUGAGCGUGAACAGGUAACAAACGGACCAAUCAGCUGUCAGCCUGAGACUCAGGUGUUUAUGUAUGAAAACGAACAAAUGAACUGACCAUGUUUCUGUGUGCUGCUGCCCCCUGCUGCUCACUGUUAACGCGUGAUGUUUUAAUAAAGUUCUGUUUGAACUCUC